AUGGCUGUGGGGUGGGUGUUGCACCAGCUAGGACCGCGAUUUCGCUCCAACAACGCUGGCGACGGGCCUGAGAAGACAAGGGAUCGCAAGUUUUGGUUUCCUCGCUUCAAGUCCACGUUACUCGGAAGCUAUCGGUCCAAAGCCACAUAUGUCCUGUGUGAAUGCGCUCUGGCGACCUUGUCACCGUCGCCGCAGGCAUCGAGCUCGCCACCAUGCGGCACCCCUCCCCCUACCCAAGCGCACCCUGGUGCUACCAGUGUAUAUCGAACCAAGACCACAAAUGGUCAUCAUUGUGCAUGUGGCCGCGACGAAUGGCAUUUGGCCAAGAAGGUCGAGGAGCAAGAGUACGCUGUGCGACUCGAAGUGAGUAAGCAGUACGGAGGCAUGCGCUAUGAUGACGCUUUAGCACAGCACGCUGCCGAUGUCGAGCGGUGCUUGGCCCAUUACAUUCCACAACUCCCGUGCAAGUUGAUCGCUGGCGGGUGUCAUCUUUGUGACGCUGGCACGUCAAGCCAGCGGCUGCGAUCGCCUUGCAGUCCACUCGCAGCACCCCAAGGAAUAGUCACGCCAGGGCCAUCCAUUGCGAGCACGUAUAUGGCCAAGUCAGAGUGCUACGAUGACGACGAGAUGGCGCCGCUACCGCUGCAUAUGGACCAACGCCCGGCGCAUUGGAAAGACCCAACCUUGGUGCAUGAGUACUUAGGUUGCUUUCUAGACAUGGAUGCGGUCAAGCCGGAAUGUUCCGAGCCUACGACAUCCCCCGACUCCAAUCGGAGCUAUCCCCCUCCUGGACAAGACGUCGAUGGCCACCCGUUUCACAUUUCUCACUAUUGCAAAGUCGAGCCCCCGUUGAAUUAUAGCAACCACGAUCACUAUACAUGA